CCAUGCCCAGCGGAUGCCACUGCCUACGUCUCGUGUGCCUGUUGUGCAUCCUGGGGGCGCCGGGUCAGCCUGCCCGAGCCGAUGACUGCAGCUCCCACUGUGACCUGGCUCACGGCUGCUGUGCGCCCGACGGCACCUGCAGGUGUGACCCAGGCUGGGAGGGGCUGCACUGUGAGCGCUGUGUGAGGAUGCCUGGCUGCCAGCACGGUACCUGCCACCAGCCCUGGCAGUGCAUCUGCCACAGUGGCUGGGCAGGCAAGUUCUGCGACAAAGAUGAGCACGUCUGCACCACACAGUCCCCUUGCCGGCAUGGAGGCCAAUGCGUGUAUGAUGGGGGCGGGGAGUACCACUGCGUGUGCCCACCGGGCUUCCAUGGGCGUGAUUGUGAGCGCAAGGCUGGGCCCUGUGAGAAGGCAGGCUCCCCAUGUCGGAAUGGCGGACAGUGCCAAGACGACCAGGGCUUUGCCCUCAACUUUACCUGCCGCUGCCUGGCAGGCUAUGUGGGUGCCCACUGCGAGGUGAAUGUGGACGACUGCCUGAUGCGGCCUUGUGCCAAUGGUGCCACUUGCCUUGAUGGUGUCAACCGCUUCUCCUGCCUCUGUCCUGAGGGCUUUGCUGGACGUUUCUGUACCAUCAAUCUGGAUGACUGUGCCAGCCAUCCUUGCCAGAGAGGAGCCCGCUGUCGGGACCGUGUGCACGACUUUGACUGUCUCUGCCCCAGUGGCUACGGUGGCAAGACCUGUGAGCUUGUCUUAUCUGCCCCUGACCCUCCCACCACAGCAGACACCCCUCUGGGGCCCACCUUGUCAGUGGUGGCACCUGUCACAGAGCCAGCCCCCCGCAGCAUGGGGGCUGGGCUGCUGCGGAUCUCAGUGAAGGAAGUGGUGCGGAGGCAGGAGGCUGACCUCGGGGAACCGAGCCUGGUGGCCCUGGUGGUAUUUGGGGCCCUCACCGUGGCCCUGGUCCUGGCCACCAUGCUGCUAACCCUGAGAGCCUGGCACCGGGGGGUCUGCCCCCCUGGACCCUGUUGCUACCCUGCCCCACACUACGCCCCAGCAUGCCAGGAUCAGGAGUGCCAGGUCAGCAUGCUGGCCACGGUGCUGCCCGUGCCACCUGACCUGCCCCUGGAGCCUGGGAAGACUACAGCACUGUGA